GGAAAAAACUCCAGAGCUCCCAGAAUCAUCAGCGAAAAUAAAAGAGCCUUCAGUACAAGAGGCCACUUCUACUAGCGACAUUCUGAAAGUUCCCAAGCCUGAACCCAUACCAGAGCCUAAAGAUCCUUCUCCGGAGAAAAAUUCCAAAAAAGAAAAGGAAAAGGAGAAGAUCCGACCAAGGUCUCGGUCACGUUCCAAAUCAAGAUCCCGGACACGGUCUCGCUCUCCUUCUCAUACUCGGCCUAGACGGCGCCAUAGAACCAGAUCACGAUCAUACUCACCUAGAAGGCGGCCAAGCCCAAGAAGGCGGCCAUCUCCUCGAAGAAGAACUCCGCCAAGACGAAUGCCUCCUCCACCAAGGCACAGAAGGAGCAGAUCUCCAGUGAGACGAAGACGACGUUCAUCAGCGUCCUUGUCUGGGAGUAGUUCGUCAUCCUCUUCAUCUCGUUCCCGGUCGCCGCCAAAGAAGCCUCCCAAGAGGACGUCCAGCCCCCCUCGGAAAACGCGUAGGUUGUCUCCUUCCGCGAGUCCUCCAAGGCGAAGGCACAGACCGUCACCUCCAGCAACUCCGCCGCCGAAAACUCGUCAUUCCCCAACACCCCAGCAGUCAAACCGUACGAGAAAAAGUCGUGUUUCUGUCUCUCCAGGGAGAACUUCAGGUAAAGUGACAAAACAUAAAGGAACUGAGAAAAGAGAGUCCCCUUCACCAGCACCCAAGCCUAGAAAAGUAGAGUUGUCUGAAUCAGAAGAUAAAGGCGGCAAAACGGCUGCGGCAGACUCUGUGCAGCAGAGACGCCAGUACAGACGACAGAACCAGCAGUCUUCAUCCGAUUCUGGCUCCUCCUCUUCCUCAGAAGAUGAGCGACCCAAGAGGUCCCACGUGAAGAACGGUGAGGUGGGCCGGCGGCGGAGACAUUCGCCUUCCCGCAGUGCCUCUCCAUCCCCCCGGAAGCGCCAGAAAGAGGCUUCCCCUCGGAUGCAGAUGGGAAAGCGAUGGCAAUCGCCAAUGACUAAAAGCGGUAGACGGAGGAGAAGUCCCUCCCCACCACCCACCAGAAGGCGACGCUCUCCUUCUCCUGCCCCACCUCCUCGGCGGCGGAGGUCCCCCACCCCACCACCGCGGCGGAGGACUCCUUCUCCUCCGCCGCGUCGGCGCUCACCUUCCCCAAGAAGAUACUCUCCUCCGAUACAGAGGAGGUACUCUCCUUCUCCCCCUCCGAAGAGAAGAACGGCUUCUCCCCCACCCCCUCCUAAACGAAGGGCAUCACCAACUCCACCACCAAAGCGUCGGGUCUCCCAUUCUCCGCCUCCCAAACAAAGGAGUCCCCCGGCCACCAAGAGACGUUCCCCUUCAUUGUCAUCGAAACACAGGAAAGGGCCUUCCCCGAGCCGGUCUACCCGGGAGGCCCGGUCCCCCCAGCCAAACAAGCGGCAUUCGCCCUCACCACGGCCUCGAGCUCCGCAGACCUCCUCCAGUCCUCCCCCUGUUCGAAGAGGACCGUCGCCAUCACCCCAAAGAAGGCAGUCCCCGUCUCCAAGCACCAGGCCCAUUAGGAGAGUCUCCAGGACUCCGGAACCCAAAAAGACAAAAAAAGCUGCCUCACCAAGCCCUCAGUCUGUAAGGAGAGUCUCAUCCUCCCGCUCUGUCUCAGGGUCCCCUGAGCCAGCAGCUAAGAAACCCCCGGCACCUCCGUCUCCUGUCCAGUCUCAGUCACCCUCCACCAAUUGGUCACCAGCGGUACCGGUCAAAAAGGCUAAAAGCCCAACUCCAAGCCCAUCACCGGCGAGGAAUUCAGACCAAGAAGGGGGCGGAAAGAAAAAGAAGAAAAAGAAGGACAAGAAACACAAAAAGGAUAAGAAGCACAAGAAACACAAAAAACACAAGAAAGAAAAGGCUGUGGCUGCAGCGGCCGCAGCCGCCGGAGCCCCCGCAGCCACUGCGGCCCCUGCCACCACGUCAGCACAGGAGGAGCCAGAGGCGGAGCCGGAGCCCAGGAAGGAGACCGAGAGUGAGGCCGAGGAUAACCUGGACGACUUAGAAAAGCACCUGCGCGAAAAGGCCCUGAGAUCGAUGAGGAAGGCUCAAGUGUCCCCACAGUCUUAGGUGGAAAUGUUUGUUACGAUGUAAAUUUUAUUUGGUUUGUACUCAAUCCAAUUUCAAAAAUGCUAAAAUGUGUUUGAGCUUUAGACUAUAACAUUUGUUGUAAUAAUUGCUAGGUUGAAGUUCACCAUGUAAAAAAAGGGCAUGGAUUUACAUUGCAAAAGGUGUCCACAGUGUAUUAGUGACAUUCUUUCAUUGACGGCUGAUAUAAAUUCAUUUAGAGUGAAAUAUUUUAAGCCAAAAUAAGUCCCUUUUUAAAAAAGGGGCUUUAAAUAUUGUUGGCAUUUUUAUGGUUUGUUUGAAUGCCCCUGGCUAUUCCCAGAGGUUUUCUUUUUUCCUUUUUUUUUUUUUUUCUUUUCUUCUCAUUUGAGUCUUAGCACCCAUUUAAGUUAUGAUGCUUCCAACCUUGUAUGGUUUUGCAGUUGCCCAGAAAUAAGACCACUGAUGAACUGCCACAAAGGUGUAAACGAACGUUGAAUGCCACGGUCUUUCCUGUUGCCUGUGGAGUCUCUGCUGAGAGGAGGCGGGGUUCCAGCCCUGGGGUGGGGCGGCGAGCGGAGGCAGCUGCCGGCCGGGGCGGGGCAUGGCACUGUGGGUUCGUGCUGGUGUGUAGAGGGUGAUCUGGAACACUGGAAUUUCAUUCUGUUCUGUUGUGUUUUUUUGUAAAGGCAAUUAACUAGUCCGAGGAAGGAUCCUUCAGUUACAUAACCUUUGUUUUAAGAAAUGGUUCCAUUCAUAGUAUUGUCUUAUUCUUCCAAUUGGUAUAUACAAUUUCCAGAGCUCUUGUAUUUGGAAGGCUGGAAGGGCCCAGACUUUUGAAAUGGUGUCUUGUUUUCACUGUUUUUGUUUUUUUGUUGAUGUUUUUUUUUUUUAAACUAAAGCUAUGUAAAGCUUGUGGAUUAAACAGAAUAAAUUUCUAAAUUUAAAAAUGUU